UUUAAACAAUAGCUCUAUUUUCAGAUUAAUAUAACAUGCACGACCAAGAAGGUCUAUUAGAUAAUGAACAGGAGACCUAUCAUGAAGAGCAUCAUUUGCAUGAUAAUGAUGAACCAGAGCAUCAUGAGCAAUACCCACAUCAGGAGAGUCGGUUGAAUGUGGAGCAAGGGGUGACCCUUGCCUGGCAGGAUAUAUAUGUCUAUACCCAGGAGGUGAAAAAGAAGGGGUGCUCAGGACCUAAAACACUUUUGAAUGGUGUAAGUGGGAUAGCCCGUCCUGGGGAAUUACUGGCUAUCAUGGGAUCUAGUGGUGCUGGAAAAUCUACGCUGCUUAACUCUUUACUCUACAGGAAUACAGAUAAUUUGCAGGUAGAAGGUUCAUGGACGGUGAAUGGUAUUGAGGCAACACCUCAGCUCCUGACAGCACUAUCUGGAUAUGUACAGCAGGAUGAUCUAUUCCUUGGUACAUUAACUGUCAAGGAGAACCUUGUAUUCCAGGCAAUGCUACGAAUGGAUUCCAUCAUCCCAAUAGAGGAGAGAAUGGAAACAGUGGAUCAUGUAAUCAAAACGCUUGGUUUGCUCAAAUCUCAAAACACCAUGGUGGGAAUACCUGGAAAAGUUAAGGGUAUAUCUGGAGGUGAAAAGAAACGUUUAUCAGUGGCCUGUGAGGUUCUAACCAAUCCAGCGUUGCUGUUUUGUGACGAACCAACAAGUGGUCUUGAUUCUUACAUGGCAAAUAGUGUAGUGGAAACUCUUCUGGAAUUGGCUAAGCUUGGAAGAACAGUGGUCUGUACAAUACACCAGCCUUCUUCUCUUAUAUUCUCAAAGUUUGAUCGUUUGAUGCUGCUUACUGAGGGUAGGAUCGCCUACUUUGGAGAUGCAAACAUGGCAGUUCAAUACUUUAACAGGAUUGGAUAUCCCUGCCCUCUCACCUACAAUCCUGCAGAUUUCUUCCUGGAUACCCUCUCACUCCAACCCAACAGAGAGGAGGAUGGAUUUGCUUUUUUAACCAACAUUUGUAACAAUUUCAAGAAAAGUGAUGAGGGAACCAUCUUGGAUGAAAUGGUAACAAGAGAAAUAUCCAACAUUGACAAACCUGAUACUUUCUCUAAUGUUUUGAUUGGAAAGCGGGAAAGUGUUUACAAGGCUUCCUGGAUCCAACAGUUUACGGCUCUGGUUUGGAGGGAAUGGAUUUCUUUGAUCAGGAACUCACGGCUUGUUAAAGUCAAAUUCAUUCAAACAGUGAUAAUGUCACUGAUCAUCGGGAUCGUGUUUCUGAACCAGGAGCUGGAUCAACCCGGGAUCAUGAACCUCAAUGGAGCAUUCUUCUUGAUCAUUGUCAACCUUUCAUUCGGCAAUCUUUUCCCUGUACUUAAUGUCUUCUGCUCAGAGCUGCCAAUAUACCUACGAGAACAUUUUAAUGGAAUGUACAGAGCAGAUACAUACUUUCUUACCAAACAGCUUGUUCAAAUACCAAUAUUUAUCCUACAACCUAUGCUCUUUACAACCAUUAUAUACUUCAUGGUCGGCUUUGAUCCAGAUAUUGUGAAGUUUCUGUGGGCACUGCUAGUUGUAAUUCUGCUUACACAAGAUGUUCUUGGAGUUGGUUAUCUUCUAUCGUGUGCAGUUCCCAAGCUUGACAUUGCUCUGACAGUUGCUCCUGUUAUCAAUAUUCCUCUCCUGCUGAUGGGCGGAUUUUACAUGAACGAUGGGAGUAUUCCUGUUUAUUUUCUUUGGUUAAAAUAUCUCUCCUGGUUCCAUUAUUCAUUCGAAGCUUUGAUGAUAAAUCAAUGGAGCGGUCUUGCAAAUAUCAGCUGUCAAACUAACGCCCCAGUAAGUCCAGAGUUUGACGGGAAAAAAGUGUUAAAUCUGUUCCUAUCACUUCCAGAAAACUCAACUUUUGGUGGAUUUUCGGACUCGGUUGAUGACGGGGGUUUGAUAAACAGUAAUGUAACAUCAGCUGUUCAUUGUAUUAAACAUGGCGAUGAAGUUUUACAACAAUAUGGCUUCCACAAGGAUAAUUUCUGGUUCGAUAUUCUGUGUUUAGUUCUGCUAACUCUACUUUUCAGAGUUCUUGCAUUUUGUUGCUUGUUGGCAAAAUCACACAGAAAAAGCCAAAAGUGAAGAAGACAUCUUUAUUAGUUGUAUUUUAGUGGUAUUUCAAGGUCGUCUUCAUCUAUAUAGUUUUCUGCUUCCUCUGUUGAAUGAACAGCUACUCGACUAGAAUAUAUUUGAUUAUUAAUUUAAAGAUGAACAAGUGUAAUAUUGAAUAUGCUCAGAUGAAAAGUUUUUAUUGUGUACAUACAGUGGUACCUUAUAAAAUUGUUGAACAAGAAGACGAUAUUUUAGCAAUCUUAUGUUUAGAUAAUGAUAAGCAAAUAGUUUUACAAUGAGCUUGAAACCCAAGAAAAAUGGGUCUAUUUAUAUUGAACAUAUAUUUAAUAGGAAUUUUUUCUGAUAUUGGAACUAGGAAAGGGUAAUGUCAAUGGUCGUCUUCAUAUUGCAAUGUUCAGUAGAACACACUUAGUUUAAUUUUAUAUUAUAGAUAACUUAAGCAUAAAGUAAUAAUUUCAUAUUAUUUAUUUAGUAAAAAUGGAAAAUUGGUUGACAAGUGAUAAAUUAAUCAUUGAUUCACGUAAAAGAAAGACAUUUUGUUGGUCCUGUUCAAACCCUAUUUUAACUGUUGCUUCUCAAAUCGCAUAAGAAAGCUCUUUUAUAUAAGGCUUUAAAGACAUAUAUAAAAGUUUCAGUUAUAAUUGUAAAUAUGAAAACUGAGAGAAGCUUUUAAUAGUCAGAUUCUUUUAAUGUUUACUUGAAAAUUAAAAUUUUAAGAAAAGUGGCUAGAAAUCAAAAUAAAAAAGUCGUCGUGAUUGUAUUAUGUAAACGCCUACCACUGUAUUUGAAUCUAAAUUUGUGGUAAUAAGGAUCGAAAUUAGACUCUUUAAAGAUAAAACAAUCAAUAAUUUCAUUAAAAAACGUGAUCUAUUGAUUAUAUUGUAUAUGUUCAUUGUAUCCAAUAAAUCUAUCGAAAAAG